AUAAGUACACAACUAAAUAUUUUUGCAUUAAUUUCUUGAAAACUGUACUUAUGAAUGGAAUGCCAUGUUUUUCUUGUCUAAUAAUUCUCGUAUAUGGUGUGUACAAUCAAAAAUCACACAUAGGGAUUUUUGUCUGGAAACACGUAGAAUAUUUACACUUGCAGCAAAGUGUAGCCGCGGCGAGAGAGCGUGCCCGACUGAAUGCAAGACGGGCAAUUACCAGACUUUCGUAUUGCCAAAUUAGAGGCGUGUAUGACGUAUCUUUACUUUAAAACAUCAUAGACCCGUGCUGAUUAUUUAACAUACCGAAUUAAAAUGCUCGAGAGACUGGCAUAUUAUUAUAGCUAUAGCAACACAUAUUCAAUUAAUGGUAACAAUUUAUUUUUAUUAUUUGCGUAUAAUGGAACGUGGUGCCCUUGCGAGGUGAAACAUAUUGACGUCAAUCAGCUAAACGUCAAAUUUUCGUGAAACGGAACGUACAACUUGUCUGCUGUGCUGAUACGGAAUUUUCAUAAAAUUAUUCGAUGACUUGUGCAAAUUCAAUGUUGAUGUGUUGAUGACGGAACAAUAGUUAAAAAGUGUAAGCACGUAGGUACUGCGAUAGACUGUUAACUUGUGCUCAUGUGGCCGUCAGUGAUAAGGGACAUUGGUUAAACUGUGCAUUUAUUUUUGUUCUACGUUUAAUAAGAAGUGAUAAUCGUUGAAAAUGAUUCAAGACGACGAGUAUGAACUUUUUGUGACUACCCCAGAGCGGAUAGAGGCUCUGGGGUUUAAGCCUCAGAAGGAGAUUCUUACUAACCACAUCUUGCCAUAUGCUGAUGAGCUGGAUGCAGAAUCCACCAGUUUCUUGGAGCAGGUCAAAACUAACCUAGCAAAAUCUGUGAUGCUGCGUGAGAUGAAACCUGCAUGUGGAGUAUGGUCAUCCACGCUAAUGAAAUACAUAAGAAUAUAUGGACUAAAGUUUGGAAAGGAGGACCACAUAGCUUUGAUAAAAUUGGCAUAUGAAUUAAGUACUCAUUCCUGAUUUGGAACCACGCAAAAUACACAAGUUUGCUACAUUGUUUUUGAUGCUCACAAAAAAAAGAUAUUUAGUUUCGCCAGAAGAUCUUACGCUACCAUGGCGCCCCCUAUAUGAAGUUGGAAAGAAGAUUUUCGAGAAAAGUGCAACUCAUGUCGGACUUUAUCAUUAUCUGUCGCCAAAACGUUCUGGCAAGCAAGGAGACGAUAUACUCGGUAUGAUUCGAAAAUUCCUGUCCGGGUAUGGGCUCGAUGACGCCUUAAAAUUGUUCGGCCUGGCAGAACGGGACGACAAUGAUCUGCCCACGUCUCUGGAGUCAUCCUACAUGUCUAUGGUGAAGUGCGCAAGGCCAUAUUUCGAGCUGAGCGCAACAAAAGAGAUACUUGAUGAGUUCUUACCGCAAAUAAAUCCUUGGUCCUCUGAAUCAAACCUGAUUUGCCAGCUAGUGGUGUUCCUCCCGGUGGCUCUCCCUCCGCAACACGCCCAUCAGGGCCACAAACUAUGGCUGGACAAACUAAUGGACCUAUGGGACACAUGCUACAACUCGCAAUGUGGAGUUUCGGAACUCACCAUGCUGUUUGCUGGGCUGGCGAAACGAAACCCAGGCGCUGUAGAUUGGAGUCCGCAAGUUGCUAAGUUGUUCACACGGUUCCUACAUGCUUUGAACCUACCUGUUGGCUACAAAGACAUGCAAAUUAAGAGGAACCACUCAUUAGACAUGAAACACGUUGCCUCGUGGAUCGUGUGGAGCAUAUGCCCUGACGGCAUGGUGUUAAAGCAUCUCCGCAGCUUUCUUGCUGGAGUGGAAAGUUAUUUACACAGCGCUAAUUCUGGUCGCUGGUCUUAUAAACUAAGGGAUUUACUAAGAAAACUAGCCAGAGAGUUUUUAAACAGAGUGAGAAGAGAACGUGAAAAGCGUUUCAAAGAAAGCUGGGAGAACCAGACGCCCGACCAUUACAAGCUUCGAGACGAAGAUAUCACAGAAUUUGUAAAAAUCGUACUCGAACCAACACUUCAGGCGGUUUACAGUCGCAGUGGGGCGUUAGAUAUCUCCAUCGCAUUGCAAAACUUGGCUACUCUCAGGCCCGUUAUUGUAGUACCACCCCUAUUGGAAAGAUUGCGGACUUCGUUGACUUCUUUGACUGAACCGCAUAGAGUGACAGCAGCUAUGUCUGCGGUAGCUGCUGUAGCCAGACCCAUGUUAAGAGGCGCUGAUGCUGACUACCCUGAAGGCCCAACGCAUGUCGUCCCAUUCCUUUUAGCUGUUCUUCCAGGUCUAGAUCCGAACGACAUUAAGAAAACCUUAGUAACACUACAUUUUAUAUUGAUCUUCACUUGGAUGGUUCCAUACAUUGAUUGUAGUUCAGCGCAUGAGCACUGGAAUGAUUUGACUGAAGAGGAGCUGUUAACAUGCGAAUCUACCGCGCAAAUGGAGGAUUUUGUCCUAGUCUUUUUAGAUAGGCUCUUUGUAAUCAUCGAGUCCAGCACUCUAGAACACGUACGUCUCGAUACAAAGGAAUCGGACUCGUUAAGAAGCAAAACUGACGCAGUGAUAGAGACGGCGAUAUCUUCGGCAGCCACAGCUGUACUGAUGCAGUGCUCGCCAAAGAUAUUUAAGGAGGCCUUGAGAAAGUUCAAGGCGUUCGCCACUGAGUCAACGUUUGAGACUAAUGUAUCCGGCAGUAUGGUCGGUGUGUUACUGCGCGUUUUCGCUCGAAUCGACUCAGAAAGCACUUUAGCAGCAUUCAUACCCAAACUGUGCGAGGAUCUGAAAGAGUUAUUGGCUACGGAAGAAGCUUUGCACGAAGAGAAUCCUCCGCGAGAUCUGUUAUACAGACUGGUUUUAUUGAUGCGCGUGGUCGAAUGCGACGGCGUUGAACUACUGAAAUACGUGCCUGAUAUACUGCCUUUAUUGGACAGAGCGUUGAAACUGCACGCCAACUACGCGUUGUCGCGUGCUUGCGAAAUUCUGAGUCAUAUGCUCACGUCGUUGUGCUACGUGGACCUAAAGGAGUGGCGUAGUUCACCGAAAGAUUACGGCGCCGCGCCUGAAAAGUGGUUGCCUGUUCGGGAAUGGGGUCGCGGUUGUUUGUUGAAAGAAGCUGACUUUAAGUGGCACGUGCCUUGCGCGGCGGAAGCGGAAUGCGCUCAGAUGCUCAUAGACCGGUAUUUAAAACCGGAGGUUGCGAGACUACAGCAGUGGAUGAGUGACGAGCGGUCCAUGUGUCGGGAGCGUAGAUUACGUAGCUUCUAUAUAAUUAACGCUGUUCUGUCGUGCAGCACGUUCUUACCACCACCUGAUGAGGAACCUGUUGCUUUGAUGGAAUCGCAAGUGCCGGCAACCAGCUUGCCUUUCACUAACGGCGUCCGCUACCAAGUGAAACUCGAGGGAGAGAACAUACGAGCGGCGCUUACUCGACUCCUGUUGGCGGUGCAAGCGCGCAUGCUUGCAGAUAAGGCGGACGACACGCGAGGCUUCGAAAUGCUUAUACAGGUCUGGGAACGCGUGGUGGUAAUGAAAGGACUACGGGCAGGCCCGGGCUUAGAAGCGAGGAUGCGUUCGUUCGGCGCUUUAGAGCGGGCCUUGGACGGACGCGGCGGAGUUGCGGGUGACACACGCGGUGCCGCGCGGCUUCGUAUGUUACUCGCCGAUGGAGCCAGAUUGCAAGACGAAUCGAGAUUGGACCUUGUGUGCGACGCUGGUAUCACACCGUCGGCUCUUCAAGCACUGCAUGCGUUGUACGAGCUGUCUAUCAACACUUAUAGCUCGGUCCGCAUCCUGGCUCAGAUCCGUCUUUACUGGAUGCUAUGCCAUUAUCCGUACUCCUACCGCGCUCUUGUUCCGAAACUGUCGGAAUUGCUCGCGAAAGGAGGUGAAGGGGACGAAUGGCACGAUCGUCACAAGGGCGCCUUGUACAUGAUGCUCGGACCCCGAUCCGGUCCUCUCAUAGCCAAACAAGACUGGGAUGUUGUGAAGUCUUUAUGGCCUGCAAUCCUGAAGGCACCAUUGAGUGAGAAACCUAGCAUUUUAAGAUUAGAACAAGCGUUCAGCGAUUCACUGCACCGGCACUUCCCGACAGUGAACACCCGUCUCACUAUACACCAGGGGGCAGUGGAAGCCGCCUCUUAUUUUAUCAACGAGAAACACCUCGCCGAUACAAAGUUUGCUCAGCAACUCGCUAACGCAGUCGCCAACGAGCAAGCCAACUCGGAAAGAACGGAGAAACUGUACAGAGAACUCAUUGGCGAACUCGUUGAUAUCGCCGAAACGCCCAAUAUCCAAUGGCGUCGUUUAGAACUGGCGAUGCAAAUGCUUACUUUCUGCCCCUCCGUACAAACUCCGUACCCGGCGCGAGCAGUGAAACUAAUGGUGAAAUCCCUCAUUCACGACGACAUUACAGUCAGGAGAACCGCCCAAAGGCUCACACAUUACGCCCUGAAGCAAAGGAAAAGACCGCUCAGAAAGAUUACCAUAGACUCUUCCGAAGUAACCGGUGCACCUAAAGCUGAGAAUACCGUACCAGGAUAUAGGAAAGACUUGUUAUGGGCAAUAUAUUCAAACCAAGAGCCAGCAAAUGAUGAGGAAUGGGACCGACCCUGGCUUCGUAACUCCACAUACGGCUUCUACACUUGGCCUGAAAAGCUUGUGGUAGCGGCGCCUAUUAGCGAGCAACUCCAAUCUUCGGACCUUCGUCCUGAGGAUAUGGAAGAAGGCGAGCGACACUUAUACGAAUUCUUUGACGAGCAAGCCAAUGUUGAUAAACUAGUGGCUUUCCUCACUGUUGAAGAGAAAAAGGGCAAAGAUAAGUUCAACGGAAUCCGCUUCUCUAUGUUCAGGAUGUUAUUCGCCCAAUUCGGCGAGAAAGUUGCAGCAAGGUACCUAGAUCACGCGUUGCGUCGCGCUAGCGACAGUCAAGAGGCGCCGCAGCGUUUCGCGGCCGAAGUCGCCGCGGCCGCUGUUAGGGCGCCCCGGUACUGGCCGCGGAGGCAGGCGCUCCAUAUGUACGAGAGAGCGAUGCAAAUCAUCACCGCUGGGCUGACGGCUGUGACACCAGAGACUAUGGAAGACUGGGGCACCUGUCUAGCCACAGGCGUGGAAAAGUUGGAGCCGAACCGAGGCGCUUCUCUAUUAAACAGUUUAUUACAAUUGUGCGCGCCCACAGUAACGCCUGAAGCGCAUCCCGAUAAAGACGCGUCGUUCGUCGUGUGCGCAAGGCUGUACGCCCUGCAAGGGGCGUUAGGUUCAUUAAACUGGCGAGUCGCACCGUUAGCAGAAGAACUGCUCAAACGGCUAGAAGCAGCUAAAUUCAUCAAUCAUCCAUACCAAAAUGUUCGAGAGACAGUAGGAAGCAUUUUGAUGACCAUCUUCGAUACUGAGCUAGUGUUCCCAGGGGGAGAAAACAAAUGGACACCAAGACUCGGAGAUUUCUUAAGUUCAGUGCAGCCAAGGCUAGCAGCGCUCUACGACGCUCAGGGAAAUAUAGUGGUGAAGUCAGCAUCGAUGUCGGGCGGGCAGUGCGGGGGCGGGGGCCCGUCGUGUCCGGAGUCCGAGGUGAAUCCCGCCCUAGAGCACAUGGGUGGAGUGGCGGUGGAAGUGGCUGCGUUGACCCCGGAAACCGCUAUCACUGAACAUAAUGCACAGACUGCGGACGUACCCAGCGAGUUGCCAGAGUUGAUCCGCGGCGAACGUUUAGACAAACAGUUGUCCGCUCAACUGGACACGGCGCUGAGACUAGCCGGCGACGUCGCCAUGGCGGGCCCUGAGGACCACGCCGCUGCCAUCAAUCUACUAACUACCGUCCUCCGCGGCUGCAUGGGCGUGACGGUUCGCGGCGUCAACGGCAGCGUCGUAACGCAGCAUCAACUGAUCGGUACCGCGUGCGGUGUAGCGGCUCGCGGUCCGCCGCAGCCCAACGACGAGAUGCCGCGCGCUGCGGCCGGCUUCCUGGCGGGGCUGGCGCUCGCCUACCACGCGCCCGCAGCCUUCGAGCGCGCCCUCGCCGAGCUGGAGGCCCGCGCCACAGGGCGUUCCUGGUGGGCGCGACUCGCUUGCGUAGAAUUCGCGCAACCUUUACUCUUCUACGGGCUUCCCCUGCUAUGCGAGGAGCCCGAACGAGCUGUACGCGCCGAACAAUUCGCGCUGAAUCUCAUGCGAGACCCGAGACUUGAAGUACGCCAAGCCGCUGCUAAACUACUGACUGGGUUAAUGCACUGCCGAGCACUAAAGAGUGAAGAAGUGACGCUGCGUGGUCUCAUGAAGAGUUGUCGCUCCAAGCAGUUAGUCGAAAGACACUGUGGAGUCUUAGGGCUGUGUGGUUACCUAGCCUCGCGGCCUUAUAGCCUCGGGCCUAGAUUAGGAGAUGUACUGGCGGAGUUAUCGCGCCACACUAGCGCCCCGGAUCCAAUCCCGGCGACUAUACGCACUGCCCUGGCUGACUUCCGUCGGACGCAUCAAGACGACUGGCCCAAACACCGAGACCAACUCACUGAGGAAGAACUCGAUUUACUGGCGGACCUCACUUCGCCUCCUUCGUACUGCGCCUAAAUUUUUAAUGUGUUAGCAGACUAUCAAUACGAUACAGCGUUUGUCGGUUGUUUCUGUUAGGAUGCUAUUUAACCGUGCGCCCGUAUUUGAUUCUGAUCUGGUAACGUUUAUUUUCCGUACCUACCGCGCUCACAGACUUUCGUCGAACGCAUCAAGACGACUGGCCCAAACACCGAGACCAGCUCACGGAGGAAGAACUCACUGGCGGACCUCACUUCUCCUCGUUCGUACUGCGCCUAAAUUGUUAAUGUGUUAGCAGACUAUCUAUACGAUACUGCGUUUAUCGGUUGUUUCUUAUGGGCUAUGAUUUAACCGUGCGUAUUUUUGUUAGGACAUUGUCGUCUUUGGCACGUCGUGCACUAGACGGCCACGACCAUGACCAGUGGCCGCGACGACCAGAUUAACUAAAGUCCAUGCGGUGACGGAGAAAGAAUACCACUCACCGCCCCAUCACUUCCCGCGGGUGUCGUAAGAAGCGACUAAGGGAUAUCGAAGCUUCCAUCCGCUCUUCUGGUGGUAGGGUGCCUAACACCCGCCUGGUUUGUUACCACCGUACGCAUGGUGAAAAACCCGUGAAGUGCUUAACGCGCGUUUCGGGAUCAGCCAGCGUACAACCAGAGCUCGAGUGGAGAUUGCCGCGACGGAUUCGGUCUGUUGGAGGCAUCCGUCGAACCGAUGCCGGAAGGACUGCAUCGACCCGCCGGCCAGGGAGACCCGUAGAAACGGCUGUCCCGCUGGCCGCCCGUGGCACAGUACAGGGGCCCGAGCGUUCCUAACCAGUUCGCGAGGCUGCCCCAUCAUGUCACGCAUAAUCUCGGGGUGGACCGUCGUGCCGGUUGGUGACCGGGGCGUGGGGUCCCGGCGGCCACUCCCGGGGGGCCCUUCCGUCCGGUGGGUCGGCGUAUAUCUUUCUUAGGCAGCUACUCGGGAAAACGUGCCUCCACAUAUUUGCCUGACUUUGUCGCGACUAACUCCGCUCGAUUCACGUCUCUCAAUUUCUUCGCAUGAUGGCAGCCCGUAAAACGAAGUUUGGUUGUACAGCGGUGCACACCCCCACGCCUUCCGCGCUGAUUGAGGUUGAGUUCUGUAAUAUACGCGGACUCCACUCUAACCUCAAUGCUGUCCACCACCAUCUUGAGACAGCACGGCCAGCAUUAUUGUUUCUCACGGAGACACAAAUACUUCCGCCCGCUGACACAGGCUACCUUAAUUAUCCCGGCUACGUGCUUGAAGAAUCCUUCAAAGCAAAAGCCGGCGUAUGCCUGUAUGUUCGGGCGGAUGUUUGUUGUCGCCGUUUGAGCUGCCUGAUAGACUCCUCCUUCUCCAUGUUGGCGGUACAUGUAGACUCUGGUCCUUUGGCCAGAGUGUACGUGUGCCUCUACAGAUCCCACACCGGCGACGCUGAGACAACUCGACUGUUUGACCACCUUAGUAGGGCAGCAGAUGAUGCCCAGGCGCAAUUUCCCAACGCAGAACUGGUGUUUUUGGGGGACUUUAACGCCCACCAUGGUUUGUGGCUGGGCUCCUCUAAAACUGACCAUGCAGGGAUCUUUGCCCAUGCAUUCGCUCCCACGCAUGACUUGUCACAACUGGUUGAUCAGUCCACCAGGAUCCCAGAUAUAGCAAGUCAAGCGCCUUCUUUGCUAGAUCUUCUGCUUAUGACUCAUCCGCAGGAGUAUCAGGUUGUGUUUCGAGGCCUACUGGGUUCAUCAGAUCAUUGCCUGAUAUCUGCCAAGGUGCCACAGGCCAAAACCCCUCAACCAUUGGUGGUCAAACGCAGGGUCUGGCACUAUGGGUCGGCAGAUUGGGAUGGUAUGCGCGAAUACUUUGCGUCCAUGCCUUGGAAGCAACGCUGUUUCAGUGAAAAGGACCUAUCGACCAGCGCCGUUGCUAUUACUGAGGAGAUCUUAAUGGGAAUGGAGUAUUACAUUCCACAUUCUAAUCUCAUCAGUAAGAGCACACGAUGGUUGCGUGUAGACGUCGAUGACCAUCCCCGCGUCUACGCCUGCCUCUACAGGUCCCAUAGCGGAAAUACCGAAAUUGACCGACUCUAUGAUCACGUCCAGGUGGCUACAGACUCCGUGCUUCAGCAGAUCCCAUCAUCUGAAAUUGUGAUCCUUGGCGAUUUCAAUGCCCACCACUCCGAAUGGCUUGGAUCGCCAACUACCGAUCAUGCAGGCAGAUCUGCUCACGACUUCGCCUUGGCCUAUGGUCUGACACAACUGGUCACCUCGCCUACGCGAAUCCCAGAUGUCGAAGACCAUACUUUCACUGUUGGACCUUCUGCUGACUUCACAUCCGGAUAAUUACAAAGUGUCCAUAGAUGCCCCUCUUGGCUCUUCGGACCAUUGUCUAAUCCGGAGUAUGGUGCCACUCACUUACUCACCGCGGCCGCAAUUUGCUGGCUGUCGUCGUGUGUGGCACUAUAAGUCACUUUCUUUUCAUCCUACCCUUGGGGCCAGGUUUGCUUCUCGCAGAAUGAUCCCAACGUCGCUGCCGAUUCUGUCGCCGAUGUUGUCCUUCAGGGUAUGGAACUUUUUGUUCCUUCCUCUGUGGUUCCCAUUGGUGGCAAAUCCCAGCCUUGGUUUGGUCACUACUGUAAACUGGCAUCUCGCCAAAAACAGAUGUGUUAUCAGGCCUGGGCAAACGCAGCGGCGGUCGGGGAUAACAACACUAGCGAUCUCAAAAAGAAGUAUAACUUGGCCUCCAGGUCCUGCAAAAGAGUAAUUGCCAGAGCGAAGUCGGAGCACAUUAGCAGCAUUGGCGAGAGAUUAAUAAAACUUCCCUCUGGAACACGCGCGUUUUGGUCUCUUGCCAAGGCUGUUGAAGGAAAUUUCUGUAAGCCAUAUCUCCACCCCUGCACAAUGGCGACGAAUCGAUGGCCCAUACUGCAAAAGAGAAAGCAGAUCUUUUACGCUCACUCUUUGCGUCUAACUCGACUCUAAAUGACAGGGGAUACAUACCGCCGACCAUCCCGCGGUGUGAGAGAUCUAUGCCGGAGAUCCGGUUCACACAAAGCUUAGUGCGUAAAGCACUCUUUUCCCUUGUCAUCCACAAGUCGAGCGGGCCUGAUGGAAUCUCACCAAUUGUGCUGAAGACGUGUGCUCCUGAGAUGGCUCCGGUACUAACGCGUCUUUUCCGGCUCUCCUACUCUUUAGGUGUCGUUCCGAACUCAUGGAAGACAGCUUUAGUGCACCCGAUUCCUAAAAAAGGCGACCGCCCACUCCCUACUAAUUAUAGGCCUAUAGCCAUCACCUCCUUGUUCUCCAAGAUAAUGGAGUCCAUUAUAAAUUGCCAGCUCCUGCGGUACCUAGAGGACCACCAGCUGAUCAGUGACCACCAGUACGGUUUCCGUCAGAGUCGCUCGGCUGGUGAUCUACUAGUAUACCUGACUCAUCGUUGGGCAAAGGCGAUCGAGACCAAGGGGGAAGCAUUGGCGAUCGGUCUGGAUAUCGCAAAGGAUCGGGUUUGGCACAAAGCGCUUCUUUCGAAGCUUCCUUCUUAUGGGCUUCCUGAAAAGCUGUGCGUUUGGAUCACUAGAUUUCUUGCGGACAGGAGCAUAAAGGUCGCAGUCGACGGUGCAUGCUCGGACUCCAAAUCCGUAAACGCUGGUGUUCCACAAGGCUGUGUGCUAUCGCCUACGCUGUUUCUUCUUCAUAUCAAUGAUAUGCUUCAAAUUGAUGGCAUUCAUUGUUAUGCAGACGACAGCACGGGUGAUGCCCUAUAUACCGGCCGCGCCAACAUUUCACGGGAAAACGUCAUCGAGUGCCGGAACAAACUUGUGUCUGAAGUCGAAACUUUGUUAAACCGAGUAACGAAUUGGGGCCGACUUAAUCUAGUCCAAUUUAACCCUACGAAGACACAAGUAUGCGCGUUCACCGCAAAAAAAUACCAUUUGUCGUAUCUCCUCUUUUUGAGAACACUCCUCUAACUGCCUCAGCUAGUAUUGGAAUUCUUGGCGUUGACAUAUCGAGCGACGUCCAGUUUCGGGAUCAUUUAGAGGGCAAGGCCAAAUUGGCCUCUAAGAAGCUUGGUGUGCUCAAUAGAUCGAGAAUGUACUUCACACCGGCCCACCGACUGCAGCUUUAUAAGGCACAGGUUCGGCCUCUCAUGGAGUACUGCUCUCAUCUUUGGGCGGGGGCACCCCAGUACCAGCUUCUCCCUUUGGAUCGCAUCCAGCGCCGAGCGGCUCGAAUCGUCGACGACCAGGACCUUUCCGAUCAGCUUGAUCCUUUGGCUUAGCGUAGGGAUGUAGCUUCGCUCUGCAUCUUCUAUCGCAUUUAUCACGGGGAGUGUUCUGAGGAAUUGUUCGGAUUAAUUCCAGCUGCUGCAUUUCGCCAUCGUACAUCGCGACAAAAAUUUCAUCCCCAUCAUCUUGAUGCGUGGCUAUCCAUAACCGUGCGUUUUUGUCGAAAUUUUUUACCACGUACGACAAAACUGUGGAAUAUGUUGUCGCCAGCAGUGUUUCCGGACCAAUACGACCCAAGAACCUUCAAAAAAAGAGCGUACUCCUUCCUUGAAGGCCGGCAUCGCAUUUGUGAUACUCCUGGUGUUGCAAGUGUCCAUGGGCGACGGUGAUCACUUAUCAUCAGGUGAGCCGUCUGCUCGUAUGCCCCCUAUAACAUAAAAAAAAAAUACGUAACCGCUGGUUCAAUCGCGACUGUGCUGAUGCUGUUUCUCGUAAGCAGGCGGCCUUGGACCAGAGGCCGCGCUCUUAAAGAUCCCGGGGUUCACUCACUGAAAGCUGCCUAUAAUAAUGCUUCCAAGUCUUGCAAAAAGGCUUACAUCAGAGCGGAUGCUCAACGUGUAACGUCCACGAAUUGUUAACGCACCCUACGGGCUCCCGUAGUUUUUGGCGUUUGGCUAAGGCCGUGCAGCACAACUUCUGCCAGCCCUCGCUGCCACCUCUGUGAUGUCCAGAUCACUAGCUCAUGAGCCGCAAGAGAAACCUGAUUUGUUGGCAAAACUCUUUGCGGCUAACUCCCGAAUCAGUGAUUGCAAUGCGAUCCAUCAUUGGCGAUGAAGAGGUAACCAAGAAACUCGAGUCUCUACAAUUACGCCGCGAUGUAGCAUCAUUAAGCGCAUUUUAUCGACUAUACCACGGCGAGUGUUCUGAGGAGUUAUUCUCCCUUAUCCCUCCAUCACCUUUUCUUCAGAGGCCUACGUUGCCACCGACUUACUGUGGCCACCAUUCCUACACGAACAAAGAAAUUUGGUGACUCAUUUCUUUAUCGUACUAUUCGUAAGUGGAAUUCUUUACCCGCGCAAGUGUUCCCUCCUUCCUAUAAUCUGGGGUCCUUUAAGAGAGGCGUGAAGAAGCAUUUUUGCAGGCCGGCAAGGUGAGGAUGAUUGGUGUAGCAGUUUAUAACUGCUGUACCAGCUAUCUUCGCGUUUGGACUUUAUUACCACUUAACAUCAGGUGGGGUAGAGUCAUUUGCCUACGUUAAUAUAAAAAAAAAGUAAAGUUAAACGUUGCGAACAAAUGCGCGACUUUUUGGUCGUCGUUGGUCGUCUAGUGCGCGAGGUGCCUUAAACUGUUUAAUUAGGAUUUCAGGUUGUAUCGGGGUUGAUUGGAUUUUUCUUAAAGUAUUUAAAGAAUUUCGACUUCUAUCAAAUAAACAGAAUUAUACGCAGAAAUGAUUAGCAAUAUAAACAACCUGUCGCACAAAAACUAAGAAGUAUUUAAAAUAUUAUAUAAAAAAACGAAAUCAAAUAUUGCAAAAUAAUAAUUAACUAUAAAAAUCGGAAAGAAAAUUGCAGAAAAAAUUACACCUACAUUUAAUAUUGUAGAACUUGUCAGAUGUAAUGGACCUGUUUUCAUUUAAAGCGGUUCAAAUAUCUACUGUCUUUCAAACUAUCAUGAGCAGGUGGAGGUUUUUACGGGUUUUCAUGACAUCACACUUGCUAAUGUUAUUUCAAUUAUUUAGUUAUAAGAACCAAUAGAAAAAAAAUUGGAUCAUGGAAAAGGCUCAUUUAUUAUAUAAUUAUUUGCUUCGUCAAAAUAUUCACUUAUUUCUUUAAAGAUAAUCUGGAUUAAUUUGAUACUUCCAUCAAAGAAUUCAUAUAAUAAAUUCAAUAACUUAAUUGAAACCUUUAUUUUUUCUCUGAAUAAUAUUCUAUUUUUGUAAUUUUCGUUAGUAAUAAUACCUGUAUACAAUUUUGGAUUGUUACCCAUAUGUUUCUCAUAGUCUAUUAUGUUUCUCAUAGUCUGUUUAGUUUAUAUUUCUUUUAUAGAUCAGUUGACGGUUUAGAUUACUACAUGUAUAUAUUGUCAGUUAUAUUAAAAUAAAAUAAAUAAGACAUAUUUUGAUUUCAAUUUUAAACUCAAGUCAAAAAUCUUUAUUUAAAUUGGUUGCACAAUACAACUCUUUUGAAUCGUCCAAUAUUUUUUACCCUACCACCAGUUAAGUUUUCGAACAUACAUUAAAUUUUCAUAAAUGUACUGAGAAGCAACAGUCAUUAUAUCGAUUUCUUUAAAUUUUUCCCCACAGCAAAAUACCGUAUAUCACACCUUAGAUUAAAACAAAAAGGGUAGAUACGG